AUGACCUUUUCCCACGACGACUCCUUUCGCUCCAUUACCGGCGUCCCAGAGUCUGCAGAGCCGGCAGCGAACAGCAGCUCCCCGCAGCCUCCGAUGGCUUCUCUCCGCGAUACCUCAACGAAUAAGGCCCAGCCACCUGCAUCUGCGUCCGACAGCGGCACCCAGCCCGCCAUGCGAUACCAAACGCUCAACGGAUCACGCUCUUUGAAUGUGUCCGGCUCGCCGUCGACGGCUAACUCGCCGCUGUCCUCACGAGACACCUCGCCUGCACGCCCGCCGCACCGCCAGCAAUCAGCGUCUGGCCCGCUGCCAAAGUCAGGUCUGCGAUCGCGAAAGAGCAGUGCAGACGUGAGUCCUAGCAGAGGCCCCAGUCUUGCGGGUUCAAGCACCACGAUACCUUCUGCCGCAGCCAUACAGCGAGCAUUGUCAUCCGCCAACAUCCCCCAGUUACCCCCAACAUCUUCAUCCACAUCCUCCCAGGAACCCUCACGCGUCCCCCGACCCUUGAAGCCUGCGUCAGGCACGACAUCUGGGGAGAGCACGCCCCAUUGGCCUAUCUCGCCACGAUUAAAGUCACCCCCACCCGCCCCAGAUUCUCGCUCGCGCUCACGUCAAAACUCGCUGCGCACCCAGCCAAAGAAGGCUGAAUCCUCGUCCACACCCUCAAUCGUCGUGCAAAGUUCUUCGCCAGCACCUGCGUCACGGAUACCGGUGAAGGAUGAGGGCAUAGCCAGCGAUCCUGAAGAGCCCGCAUUGAGCAUGAAAGUUUCGUCGCGAGGUGCCAGCGGUGCAGCUCCGAAGCUAGAGACUGUCCAAGAAGCGAGCCUGCCUACAUCGCCGGGCUUUGACGGUUUGGACCCACCGAGUCUGCACAGCAGCACGCAAUCCCGCAAGUCGUCCGACGACGAACGAAAUGACAACACUCGCCACCCCGAGAGCGGCAGCGACGGCGGAAUCAACAAGCGAUCCGCCUCCACCCAGCGCUCCAACGUCCUCCCCUCCAAAGCCUCGUUUUCCUCCCUCUCCACCAUCAAGUCUCAGACAGAGACGCGCUCGGCGUCCGGCCGCGGAGACGGCAGCCUGCGCCUGAAGCCAAGUAAUGAGACAAUUCGGCCAAAAAAAGAAAAAUCAAAGCCAAAGCGGAAAGCACCUUCAAUCAAUUCUGGUACUGGUAUGUCGCCUCGUGCUCAUAUUUCAUAUCACCAUCACCACCCAAGUCGGCCAGACAACACCGCCGCAUCGUCCUUCUCUGGGAGUCCAGUCUCGUAUCGUUCGUGCGAUGACCGGCGGUCGACAGCCACAAUGUCACCCCCGAGCCCAGAGAUGGCGAUGCGGAGGCCUUCUAUUCGUUCCCCCUCUUUAAUAUAUUUAUAUACAAAUGUGUUUGAAAAGAAGGUCGCCAGCGCUACUUUCGUCUAUGAAUCUAACCCUGAUACCCGAGCUCGACACCAUCAUUCUAGGACUCCGAGCAUGACUUCUAUAAACAGUCUCGUCGAUCCCAGAGCAGUGCUUCGAAGUGAGGCGAAUAGAAAUCCAAACAAGAAAACUAGUAUGAAGUUCGCGACACACUCAUACAAUAACCCGAUUUCCGACCCUGAUGCGAUUGACCGUGGUGAAGGAACCAAUCGAAUCGGAUCGGGGAGAGUCAGUGGAGGCAGCCACCAUCACCACAUUAGCCGUCAUGGGCAUGGACGAGGCACGCUCAACCAUGUCAUUGAUAGCGACUCUUCAUUCGCUCAGCCCUCGCGAGCACGAAACCCUUCUUCGCGCCAAAGUUCGCAACCGAGUAGCCCGAAAUUCCACAACUUGCGGAUAGGGAAUGGCAACGGCGCCAAGAAAAAUGGCGAAUUUUCUGCUUACGAUUUGGAUGCCGAACAUGCAGCCGAUGACGAGCGAACGCCACUUAUAUCUGGUCGCAACGGGCGUGCCCGAACACCUCGGCGACCCAACAGCGGUUUCCGGCCCCACGAGCGACAGCACCGUCGCAACGGCGGAUGGUGCAGGAGGUUUGCCGGCUGCCUCGUACUUUCCAUUCUCGUCCUCGUCUUGAUCUUUAGCGCUGUGGGGUUGGUCUUUGCUUCGACCAAGCCGCUGUACGACGUCAAAGUCCGCGAGAUCCAAAAUGUAAUUGCCAGUCAGGAAGAAAUCAUGCUGGAUCUUGUGGUUGAUGCUAUAAACCCGAAUAUCAUCGGCGUUACGAUUGCAGACAUGGAUGUCAACAUCUUUGCCAAGAGUAAGCAUGUUGGCUCCGACAAGUGGUGGCGGGAGCACGGCGGCAACCACCGCAACAAAGAAAAUUGGCAUCCGCUUCCUACCGUUCCCGCAGAGUCAACUACCGAGGAGAGUGUUCACAUCACUAACGGGAUUGACGAAGGCACAGAUCCAAUCUCGGAUCCGGAAGUUGGAGAGCCCAGGAUCAUGCUACUAGGUCGCAUCUUUCAUUUCGAUUCACCCCUCAAUUUCGAUGGCUCGUUCCUCAAGCGGAAUAUGGCCGAAUCAUUGGGCGAAUUGCGUGUCACCAAACCGGGAAAUAAAACUGAAGCUGGAGGGACAGAACGGUGGGAGGAGGUCCUACAAUAUCCUUUUGAACUCAUUGUCAGAGGCGUAUUCAAAUACCAACUCCCGCUCAGCACCCGAGAACACACCAUACCUAUCACCGCAUCGUAUUACUACGACCCCGACCAGGAGAAGAAGAAGGUCAAGGCUCUCUCGGUGGAGCUUGAUUCUCGAACCUUGUCACCAAAACCUGUAUCAUCAAAGCCCUUAGGACGAUACCAUGUCCGAGGACGCCCCCUUCUCAUUUGA